CACAUUAUCCAAAACACCCCAUUUUUCUAUAGCUUAUAUCAGACGAAGAUUCUACAAAAAUCAAAAAACAUUUCAAUGGCUGAUUUCACGGCGGAUUUGCAAAGCUUUAAAUCUUCAUUUCCUUGUUUGGAUAUUGAUCCAAACAUGGAACUCAUACACCAGUUUGCAGGGAUCAGCCCAAGUGUCCUGGACAAUUCAAACUUGAAUUUCCAAACUCUUUUGCCUUUUUCCAAUGACAAUUUCUUUGGCAACCAAACAGCUGAAUUACCAGUAAACUUGGCAGAAAAUUUUCUGGGUAUUGUCAAUCAAAACAACCAGAACCAUGCAGCUCCUUUUCCACAGCUCACUCCAGCUGGAAAUGAAUUCCAAGAAAGUAAGAAGAGAAAGAUAAUGGAGAUAUCAGAGAGCAGCUCAGCUAACUCUUCCCCACAAGUUUCUGAAACUGGGAUGAAGAGGAAAAAUAGUUCAGGAAAAGGAAAAAGAGUGAAAAUUAACAAUGUUAAAGAAGAAGAAAAACCAAAGGAGGUUGUUCAUGUUAGAGCCAGAAGAGGUCAAGCCACUGAUAGUCACAGUCUAGCAGAAAGGGUUAGAAGAGGCAAAAUUAAUGAAAGACUUAAAUGUCUGCAAGACCUAGUCCCUGGUUGCUAUAAGACCAUGGGUAUGGCAGUAAUGUUGGAUGAGAUAAUUAAUUAUGUGCAGUCUUUGCAGAAUCAGGUUGAGUUUCUUUCUAUGAAGUUAACUGCUGCAAGCAACUUUUAUGACUUCAAUUCAGAAACAGAUGCUCUGGAAACAAUGCAGAGAGCACAAGCAAAUGAGGCAAAAGAGAUGGAAAGAUUGAUGAGAGAAGGACAUGGAGGAUUUGGUUGUUUCCACUCAAGUUGGCCACUUUGACUUCACUUUUGGAUGUUACUUCUUAUUGCCACAGAACACAUGGAGAUGCCCCAUUUCCCAAAAUUGUUUUUACCAUUUCUAAAAAUCAUAAUUAAAUUUGUUCCACUUCUUGCUAGCCCUUCAUAUUCUUGUACACCCUCUCUCACUCUUAAGGGUAAAAUUUAAUUAAUUUUUAUCUGAUAUUAAUACAAGUCAUAUAAUCACUUUUA